GGUCGCGAGGCCCCAGGCCUGCCCGUGGCUCCCCAGCUCGGAUUCCCCGGCCUCUGUCCCCCGGCCGGCGCCCCUAACCGGCGUCUGCAUCCGGGUCCGGAGCCCUCCCCUGGCGGGCACGAUGCCGAGGAAUCAGUGACGCCGAGAGAGGCCGGAACGCGGGCGGCCGGGAACUGCUGCCAUGUCCCACCAACCACUCAGCUGCCUGACAGAAAAAGGGGACAGCCUUGAUGAAAGCCCAGGAAAUGGUCCCCCCAAUCUGGCUCAUCCAAACCUGGACACGUUCACCCCAGAAGAGCUCCUACAGCAGAUGAAAGAGCUCCUUAUUGAGAAUCAUCAGCUGAAAGAGGCCAUGAAGCUAAAUAAUCAGGCUAUGAAGGGUCGGUUUGAGGAGCUUUCUGCCUGGACAGAGAAACAGAAGGAAGAACGCCAGUUCUUUGAGAUACAGAGCAAAGAAGCCAAAGAGCGCCUAAUAGCCUUGAGUCAUGAAAAUGAAAAAUUGAAGGAAGAACUUGGAAAACUAAAAGGAAAAGCAGAAAGGUCAUUUGAGGUUCCCAAGACAGAGCCAGAACAAGAAAUGGAACAGCUGAAGACACAGGUGAUUCGCCUUCAAGCUGAAAAAGCAGAUCUGCUGGGUAUUGUAUCUGAAUUACAACUCAAGCUGAACUCAAGCCGUUCCUCCGAGGACUCCUUUGUUGAAAUUAGGAUGGCUGAAGGAGAAGCAAAUGGACCGUUCAAAGAAAUCAAGAAUAGUCCCGGCCCCACAAGAACUGAUGCCAUUGACAAAAGCAGAUCUGCACAAGGAGCCAGGAAUUAUUUGGAAUUUGAAGAAUUAACUGUGAGCCAACUCCUGCAUUGUCUAAGAGAAGGAAACCAGAAGGUAGAAAGACUUGAACUUGCACUCAAGGAUGCUAAAGAAAGAAUUUCACAUUUUGAAAAGAAAGCAAAUGAUCGUUCUGAGAUUGAGACCCAGACUGAGGACAGCGCAGGAGCAGAAAAAGAAGAGGAGAAAGGCACAGAAACUGUUGGAAGUGAAGUGGAAAUGUUGAAACAUCAAGUGACAACUCUGUUUAAAGAGCUUCAGGAGGCUCAUACUAAACUCAGUGAAGCAGAGCUAAUGAAGAAGAGACUUCAAGAAAAGUGUCAGGCCCUUGAAAGGAAAAAUACUGCAACCCCAUCAGAGUUGAAUGAAAAUCAAGAACUUGUAUAUAAUAACAAAAAAUUAGAGCUGCAAGUGGAAAGCAUGCGAUCAGAAAUCAAAAUGGAGCAAACGAAAACAGAGGAAGAAAAGGCCAAAUUAGCCACUCUACAGUUGACACACAGCAAGCUUCUUCAAGAACACAAUAGUGCAUUGAACACAAUUGAGGAACUAAAAAUGAAAGAGUCAGAACAAGUGGACAUGGCACUGCUGCAGGAACUAGACGAAAAACUGGAACUGGCAGAGAAGGCACUGGCUUCCAAGCAGCUCCAAAUAGAUGAGAUGAAGCAAACCAUUGCCAAACAGGAGGAGGACCUGGAAACCAUGACUGUCCUCAGGGCCCAGAUGGAGGUUUACUGUUCUGAUUUUCAUGCUGAAAGAGCCGCAAGAGAGAAGAUUCAUGAAGAAAAGGAGCAACUGGCAUUGCAGCUGGCAAUUUUGCUGAAAGAAAAUAAUGUUUUUGAAGAUGGAGGCAGCAGGCAGUCCCUGAUGGAGAUGCAGAGCCGUCAUGGGGCCAGAACAAGCGACCCAGACCAGCAGGCUUACCUCGUUCAAAGAGGAGCCGAGGAUAGAAACUGGCGGCAACAACAACAAAGGAAUAUUCCAAUUCAUUCUUGCCCCAAAUGUGGAGAAGUUCUGCCCGACAUAGAUACGUUGCAGAUUCAUGUCAUGGACUGUAUCAUUUAAGUGUUGAUGUUUCACCCACCCAAAAUUGUUGGUAAAUGUCAGAUUUUUUUCCUCUAAGACUUGCACUGUUGUGUUAUUUGUUUUCACUCAAACAUUUUCUCUUAUUAUGUUUGUUUUAGGAGAAAGAAAACAUAUGUGUUCUAAGUAGGACAUUUUUUGUGAAUUUCCAUAAGCUCACAAAAUAGAAUCCUAAAGCAUACCAUUCUUCUUAGAAUAGAUUCAGGUUUUUUUGUGUUUGGUUUGUGUGAGCACUGCCCCAUAGACAUCAUGUGACAGAGUUAAUGUAAUUAGAUGGAGGAAACUUCACUGAUAAAUUUUAAGAACCUUUAAGGAAGCAGGAAAAAUGAAGUGGUCACAGAUACAAUCGAGAAAAAUGUCUUCGAAGUAUUUUUUUAAUAAAUUGUUAUUUUUCGUCAUCCAUUUAAAAUGAAUCUAUCUGGGGUUGUGUGUAUAUCUGUGUGGUAUAGUUUCAUUGCAGCCACAGUAAUUGUACCAAAGCUAGGAUAUGGCUUUUUUCGUAUAAGCACUGUGAACUUUUACUUGCUAUCAGGACAAGUGGAAACAUACUGGCAUACAUGAAGUAGAUGCCAGAAGGUUCACUUGAUUUCGUAUAACCAUUCAUAGUGUAAAGAAGUUACCUUUGUUCUUUCAUUGUACAGCGCUGCAGAUACAUGGGCUUGUACAGUAGAUAGUUUGUUAGCUUAUAAAAAGAACGGCUAUCUAUUAACUUUAUUCUUGGAUCAGGUUACAUCUUCAUAAUCACAAAAAAAUACUCAUUGCAAAAUAAAAUUUUGCUUAUGAAUCUUUUACAUUCUUCAUAUAUGACUAAUUUCAUAGUGUGCAUUUUCUGUCUUAAGCUUAUUCAGCUUAAUAUUAAGAGCAGUUUGGUUAAUUCUAUGAGAAAAUUCCUGUUCUAGAGACUAGUACAUGUUAUUUGAGUUGGAAGUUAAUCUUGCUAAGGGAAAGAAUUGAUAGUAUUUGCCAUAUUUUUGUAAACUUGGAGGUUACCCAGACUAGCUAAUAUUAGAACAGCCAUAAAAAUAUUGUCCUUAUGCAUCUAGGUUCCAAAAACAUUUAAGAGCAAUUAAAAGAUCUCCCUUGUUGGGAUUUUUCAUAAGAAUUUCUCAUAAGCAAACUUGAUCAUAUAUAUUCAAAUAGAAAUCAAAAUAGUUAGACAUUUUCCUGCCAAAAGAAUACACUGUACAAAUUCAACAAUGAUUUCAAUUAAAAGAAAAUAGAUUUCUGUAGUAUCCUUAAAUAGAGGAGCAAAGCAAAUGGUCUCCCAUUUAAGGUACUAGGGAUUUCUUUUUACUUUGUUCAAGUAAAAGUAUUAAGCAGAUCCGAACUCUGAAAUGAUAGCAUGAAUGGCCAUAUUAAGCCUGUGAUCAAACUGUUUGCUCAAUAAUUAGAAGGACUGCAAAUGAAGGAAGGCAAGUUCACAUGAGUGAUUUAAAUUAAAGCUAUUGUUUUGAGGGAAUCAAAUAGCAAUAAGAUAAUCAAGUUGAAAACUCUGUGCAUCUCUUAUCUAAUUAGUUUAGUCAGAGAUCACAUCAAAGGGCUCAUUCCAUGUUACCAGUUAAUUACACCUCAGUAAUCUUUGCCCCUCAUCCAGGGCCUUCCACAGUACUCUUGAAGUCUGGUUAAACAGGGAACAGUGGAAAGAUGGAAGCAGGGAAGAAACACAAAUGAGGCAAUGAAAAAAUCCUAGUUAAAUCAUUUUACAGUAAUAAGUCCUCAAAUGUUAUAUUUAAAAUAACUUUGAAUCAUAAGAUUACUUAAUAUGAACACACCUAUAACACAUUGUGUACAUCAUAAACUGUAGAUUGGUUAACACUUCCAUUUGACCCACAAUAAAAGGGCUAACUUGGGAUUGUCUUUAAAGAAACAUUAAGACUUCUGGUGAACAUGGUGCCAUAGACAGAAGCACCACGCCAUCCCUGCACAGGAAAGACCCAAAAAACUAAGUAAAACAGAGACAGACGUCUUUACUGGAACCUGAAGUGUCAAAUAAAAAGAUAAAGUACUCAGCCAAAUAACUGGAUAUUCAUCUGCAAAAAAAUGAAACAAGACCCAUACCUCACUCCAUGUACAAAAACUAACUCAAAAUGGAUCAAAGACCUAAGUAUAAAAUCUAAAACGAUAAAGAUCAUGGAACAAAAAAUAGAGACGUUAGGAGCCCUAAUACAUGGUGUAGACAGUAUACAAAACAUUACUAACAAUGCAGAAGAAAAACUAGUACCCAGAAAAAAUCAAACACCUAUGCUCAUCCAAAGACUUCCCCAAAAGAGUAAAAAGACUGCUUACAGACUGGGAAAAAGUUUUUAGCUAUGACAUUUCCGAUCAGCGCCUCAGCUCUAAAAUCUACAUGAUACUGCAAAAACUACAAAAAGACAAAUAACCCAAUUAAAAAAUAGGCAAAAGAUAUGAACAGACACUUCACUAAAGAAGACAUUCAGGUAGCUAAGAGAUACAUGAGGAAAUGCUCACAAUCAUUAGCCAUUAGAGAAAUGCGAAUUAAAACUACAAUGAGAUUCCUUCUCACUCCAACAAAAAAAAAAAAAAAACAAGGCUGGCAUUAAUCCAAAAAACACAAAAUAAUGUUGGAGAGGCCGUGGAGAGACUGGAACACUUACACACUGCUGGUGGGAAUGUAAAAUGGUACAACCAUCCAAUCCAGCAAUCCCAUUCCUUGGAAUAUAUCCUAGAGAAAUAAGAGCCUUUACACCAACAGAUAUAUACACACCCAUGUUUAUCGUAGCACUAUUUACAAUAGCAAAAAGAUGGAAGCAACCAAGGUGCCCAUCAAUGGAUGAAUGGAUAAAUUAUGGUAUAUCCACACAAUGGAAUACUAUGCAUCCAUAAAGAACAGAGAUGAACCUGUGAAACAUUUCAUAACAUGGAGGAAUCUGGAAGGCAUUAUGCUGAGCAAAAUUAGUCAGUUGCAAAAGGACAAAUAUUGUAUAAGAACUCGAGAAAUAGUUUAAACAGAGAAGAAAAUAUUUGAUGGUUACGAGACAGGGGAGGGUGGGAGAGGGGUAUUCACUAUUUGGAUAGUAAGUAAGAACUACUUUAGGUGAUGGGAAAGACAACACACAAUACAGGCGAGGUCAGUGCAACUGGACUAAACCAAAAGGAAAGAAGUUUCCUGAAUAAACUGAAUGCUUUGAAGGCCAGUGUAGCAGGGGUGGGGGUUUGGGGACCAUGGUUUCAGGGGACAUCUAAGUCAAUUGGCAUAAUCUAUUAAGAAAACAUUUUGCGUCCUACUUUGGAGAGUGGCGUCUGGGGUCUUAAAUGCUAGCAAGCACCCAUCUAAGAUGCAUCAAUUGGUCUCAACCCACCUGGAUCAAAGGAGAAUGAAGAACACCAAGGACAUAAGGUAAUUAUGAGCCCAAGAGACAGAAAGGGCCACAUAGACCAGAGGCUACAUUAGCCUGAGACCAGAAGAACUAUAUGGUGCCCAGCUACAACCGAUGACUGCUCUGACAGGGAACACAACAAAGAACCCCUGAGGGAGCAGCAGAGCAGUGGGAUGCAGACCCCAAAUUCUCAUAAAAAGACCAGACUUAAUGGUCUCACAGAGACUAGAAGGACCCUAAUGGUUACGGCCCCCAGACCUUCUAUUGGCCCAGGACAGGAACCAUUCCCAAAGCCAACUCUUCAGACAGGGAUUGGACUGGACAAUGGGUUGGAGAAGAAUGCUGGUAAGGAGUGAGCUUCUUGGAUCAGGUGGACACUGGAGACUAUGUUGGCAUCUCCUGCCUGGAGGGGAGAUGAGAGAGUAGAGGGGGUUAGAAGCUGGCAAAAUGGACACAAAAAGAAAGAAUGGAAGGAGGGAGUGGGCUGUCUCAUUAGGGGGAUAGCAAUUGGGAGUAUGUAGCAAGGUGUAGCAAGGUUGUGUGAGAGACUGACUUGAUUUGUAAACUUUCACUUAAAGCACAAUAAAAAAUAUAUUUUUUAAAAAAGGCCAAGGACUGAAUGGAAUAAGAAACAGAGGACAGAGAGCAAGGAGAGAUAUGUGCUGAAGGCCCCAUCAGCUAAUGCAGCACAGAUCCGCCAUCUUGGACUCCUGUCGGGGAUCAGCAGACAGGAAGUACAGGAAAGCAGCUUCGCGGAACUCCCAGCAGGAGACAGAGCACCUGAUAACAAGUGACACAUGCUUCCCCCCCGCCACCCCGCCAUUCUCUCCCCACUGCUCUGCCUCCAAGCUUCCUGACUGGCUGUGGUGGCUUGGCUGGCUGGGAAGUGCAGCGUCUGUGCACUUGGAUUCACCUCACCCACGGAGAUCAGCAGACAGGGAAUAUGAGAUAGCAGCUUCACGAAGUUCCCAGCAGAAGACAGAGCACCUGGUAAUGAACGAUAUCCCUUUUCUAACUGCACCUCCCCCCACCCCUCAGCUUCCUCUCCUUCCUGUCAGCCACAGUCUCUUUGCCAGGAGGCAACUGCUUUGGCCUCAGGCUGCUUGGAUUGGCUGGGCCCCUAAGCUGGACCUGCCCUGCUGCACCACAGCUGAAUGACCGGCCUUGCCCAUUGGACAAGGAGGUGAAAAGUACCAUAUCUACAGAAGAGCAAACCACAAAGAAUACGCACCCUGCCUGCUCAGACAUAACCAAAUAAAAAGGCAGGACAAAACAAAUGAAUCUACAAUCAAGAAAUGAAAAUGACUACUGAAUGUCCCGAAGACAGCAGACAAUAUCAAAACAUAUUUAAAAAACAGAACAGGAUGGUUCCAGUAGGUGCCCAAAAUAAAACACCAGAUGAUUUUCCAGUAGAAGAAAAGGUACUAGAACUAGCUGAUCGGGAAUUCAGAUCUCUAAUGUUCAGAGCAAUCCAAGAGUUGAAGCAAAAAGCAGACAAAAAUGAGGAAAAAAUAGACAAGUUUAUGGAAAAGGCAGACAUAUUCAUGGAAAAUACAGACAAAAAAAUGGAACAAUUCAGGAAAAUAAUACAGGAACAAAAUGCCAAAAUAAAUUCACAACUAGAAAUCAUUCAAAGCAACAGUUAGAAAUCCAAAAGAUAAACAACAAGAUUUCAGAAAUGGACAGUGUCAUAGAAGGGCUGAGGAGUAGGUUUGAAAUGAUGGAAGACAGAAUCAGCAAAAUUGAAGACAAACACUUAGAUACAACUCUGAGGAAAAAUCAGGAAACAAUGAAGAAAAAUGGAGAAACCCUGAGAAUUAUGUGGAAUACAAUCAAAAGCAAAAAUCUGCUAGUGAUCGGAGUUCCAAAACAGGGUAAGAAAAUGGGAAACAGAGAGGGGCUCAUCGAAGGAUUUCUGAUAGAAAACUUCCCUAAUAUCACCAAUGAUGAAAAGCUGGCCAUUCAAGAAGCUUUACAAACUCCACAUAGGAUAGACCCCAAAAGAAAAACACCAAGGCAUAUCAUAAUCACACUCACUAAAACCAAAGACAAAGAAAAAAUCCUGCAAGGAGCUUGAGAAAAACAAAAAGUCACAUACAGAAGAACAAAGUGGGAGGCCUCACUCUAUCUGCUUUUAGAACUUAUUAUACCGCCACAGUAGUCAAAACAGCCUGGCACUGGUACAACAACCGAUACAUAGACCAAUGGAACAGAAUUGAGAAUCCAGACAUAAAUCCAUCCACAUAUGAGCAGCUGAUUUUUUACAAAGGCCCAAAGUCAGUUAAAUGGGAAAAAGACAGCCUUUUUAACAAAUGGUGCUGGCAUAACUGGUUAUAAAUCUGGAAAAAAAUGAAAUGACCCAUACCUCACACCAUGAACAAAAACUAACUCAAAAUGGAUCAAAGACCUAAAUAUAAAAUCUAAAACCAUAAAAUCAUGGAAAAAAAAAUAAGGGCAAUGCUAGGAGCCCUAAUACAUGGCAUAAAUAUUAUACGAAACAUUACUAACCAUACAGAAGACAAACCAGAUAACUGUGAGCUCCUAAAAAUCAAACACGUAUGCUCAUCCAAAGACUUCACCAAAAGAGUAAAAAGAUUAUGUACAGACUGGGAAAAAGCUUUUAGCUAUGACAUUUCCAAUCAGCGCCUGAGCUCUAAAAUCUACAUGAUACUGUAAAAACUCAACUACAAAAAGACAAAUAACCCAAUUAAAAAAUGGGCAAAAGGUAUGAACAGGCACUUCACUAAAGAAAACAUUCAGGUAGCUAACAGAUAUAUGAGGAAAUGCUCACGAUCAUUACCCAUUGGAGAAAUGCAAAUCAAGACUACAAUGAGAUUCCUUCUCCAACAAGGCUGGCAGUAAUCCAAAAAAUACAAAAUAAUAAAUGUUGGAGAGGUCGUAGAGACACUGGAACCCUUAUACACUGCUGCUGGGAAUGUAAAGUGGUACGAGCACUUUGGAAAUUGAUUUGGCACUUCCUUAAAAAGCUAGAAAUAGAAUUACCAUACAAUCCAGCAAUCCCACUCCUUGGAAUAUAUCCUAGAGAAAUAAGAACCUUUACACGAACAGAUAUAUGCACACCCAUGUUCACUGCAGCACUGUUUACAAUAGCAAAAAGAUGGAAGCAACCAAGGUGCCCGUCAGUGAAUAAAUGGAUAAAUAAAUCAUGGUAUAUUCUCACAAUGGAAUACUACACAUCGAUAAAGAACAAUGGUGAAUCCGUGAAACAUUUCAUAACAUGGAGGAAUCUGGAAGGCAUUAUGCUAAGUGAAAUUAGUUGCAAAAGGACAAAUGUUGUAUAAGACUACUAUUAUAAGAACUGGAGAAAUAGUUUAAACAGAAAAGAAAAUAUUCUUUGAUGGUUACGAGACAGGGGAGGGAGGGAGAGGAGUUAUCGUUAAUUACAUAAUAGGUAAGAACUAUUUUAGGUGAAGGGAAAGACAACACAUAAUACAAGAGAGGUCCGCACAACUGGACUAAACCAAAAGCAAAGAAGUUUCCUGAAUAAACUGAAUGCUUCGAAGGCCAGCAUAGCAGGGGCGGGGGCUUGGGGACCAUGGUUUCAGGGAACAUCUAAGUCAAUUGGCAUAAUAAAACCUAUUAAGUAAACAUUCUGCAUCCCACUUUGGAGAGUGGCUUCUGGGGUCUUAAACACUAGCAAGCAGCCAUCUAAGAUGCAUCAAUGGGUCUCAACACACCUAGAGCAAAGGAGAAUGAAGAACACCAAAGACACAAGGUAAUUAUGAGCUCAAGAGAUGGAAAGGACCACAUAAACCAGAGACUACAUCAGCCUGAGAUCAGAAGAACUAGAUGGUGCCUGGCUACAACUGAUGACUGCCCUGACAGGGAACACAACAGAGAACCCCUGAGGGAUCAGGAGAUCAGUGGGAUGCAGACCCCAAAUUCUCGUAAAAAGACCAGAGUUAAUGGUCUGACUGAGACUAGAACGACCCCGGAGGUCAUCAUCCCCAGACCUUCUGUUAGCCCAAGACAGGAACCAUUCCCAAAGCCAACUCUUCGGACAGGGAUUGGACUGGACUAUGGGAUAGAAAAUGAUACUGGUGAAGAGUGAGCUUCUUGGAUCAAGUAGACACAUGAGACUAAGUUGGCAUCUCCUGUCUGGAGGGGAGAUGAGAGGGCAGAGGCGAUCAGAAGCUGGCUGAAUGGACACAAAAAUAGAGAGUGGAGGGAAGGAGUGUGCUGUCUCAUUAGGGGGAGAGCAAUUAGGAGUAUAUAUAUAUAUAUAAAAAAACCACGCAAGGUGUAUGUAUAUAAAUUUUUGUAUGAGAGACUGACUUGAUUUGUAAACUUUCACUUAAAUCACAAUUUAAAAUUAAAAAAAAAAAAAGAA